AUGAACUCCAUCAGAAAUUUAAUAGCAGAAAAGAAAUGUGAUGCUCUAACUGUUCUGCCUAUUGUGGGCAUUGCUGGUGUUGGAAAGACAACUCUCGCUCAAUCUGUAUACAAUGAUCCAGAUAUAAAAAGUCAAUUUCACCACAAGAUAUGGGUUUGCGUGUCCCGCAAAUUUGAUGAAGUGAUGCUCACAAGGGAGAUGUUAGACUUUGAAAGACACGAGGGAUCUCCUCAUGAAAAUGGAAGGCAUGAAGGAAUUAGUAGCCUUGCUAAGCUUCAGGAGAUCUUGAAGGACAUUAUCGAGUACCAGUCAAAGAGUUUUCUGCUUAUUUUAGAUGAUGUAUGGGACAGUAUGGAUGAUCAUCAAUGGAGAAAACUGGUGUGUCCUUUUGUAUCAAGUCAAGCAAAGGGUAAUUUAAUUCUAGUCACAACCAGAAAUUUGUCAGUUGCACACAUGUUAGGAACACGUGAGCCGAUAAAGUUGGGUGCUUUGGAAAAUGAUGUUAUGUGGUUGCUGCUCAAGUCAUGUGCAUUUCGUGAUGUGAAUUAUGAAGGGAACCAAAGUCUAAGCAUUGUCGGGAGGCAAAUAUCAGAGAAGUUAAAGGGAAACCCACUAGCAGCAGAAACAGCGGGGGCACUAUUAAGGAAGAAAUUUAGCAUUGAUUAUUGGAAAAUCAUUUUAAAGAAUGAAGACUGGAAAUCCAUGGAGCUCGGUAAUGGAAUCAUGGCUGCUCUAAAGCUUAGCUAUGAUCAACUUCCCUACCAUUUACAACAAUGUUUCUCAUAUUGCUCCAUAUUCCCCGACGGUUAUCAGUUUCUUGGUGAGGAGUUGGUCGGUUUCUGGAUGUCACAGGGAUUUGUAAAGUGCAACAACUCUAGUCAGAGAUUGGAGCAGAUAGGACAGUGCUAUCUGAUUGAUUUGGUUAACCUAGGCUUCUUUGAAGAAGUUAAAAGAGAAGAACCAUAUCUGGGCUGUCAAGUUAUGUAUGGCAUAUGUGGUCUCAUGCAUGAUUUUGUGAUUAUGGUGUCAAGGACUGACUGUGCAAGUAUAGAUGGUCUGCAACGCAACAAAAUGCCUCGACCUCUACGACAUUUGUCAAUAGUAACUGGAUCCGCGUACAAGAAAAAUCAGCACGGAAACAUUCCUCGUAAUAAUAAGUUUGAAGAAAAUCUGAGAAAUACAAUUACAUCAGUUAGCGAAUUGAGGACAUUAGUGUUACUUGGGCAUUAUGACUUUUCCUUCUUACUAUUAUUCCAAGAUAUAUUUCAAAAGGCACAUAACUUACGUGUGCUGCAAAUGUCUGCAGCACGUGCUGAUUUUCUCAAACAUGGGUUUGAGGAGGUGGAUGGGUCUUUCCCUCAAACUUUGAGCAAAUUGUACCAUCUCCAAGUAUUAGACGUCGGUUCAUACACUGAUCGUACUAUGCCUGGAACAACAUGGUUUCAAGUUUCAUAUUUCUAG